AUGAAGAUGCAGAAAGGAAACAUUCUCUUUACUUACUGCUUGCUGUGGCAUCUCCUAUUUUUAGGAACUGGAAUAACCUCCAGUGAGACCACAACAGCCAAUGCUGGACCCAACAUGACCUCCACUGCCUCUGGCAUGUCUACCCCCACUGCAACCAGCCCAACUUCUGGUGAGACCACCACAACAGCCAAUGCUGGAUCCAGUGUGGCAUCCAGUGGGAACAACACAGUCACCAACAGUGCAUCCAGCACAACCCCUGGUGGGAGCAGCACAGCCACCAAUACUACAUCUAGUGUGAUCUCUGGUGGGACUAGCACAACCUCCAACUCUGGAUCCAAUGCAACCUCUGGAGGCUCUGUGACACCUGCUCCAACUGGAGUGUUCACAACUUCCAAUAGAAUUAGCACAAGUGUUGCUAGUCCAGUGAGUGAGAUGAAGCCUGCUGGGUCCCUGAAGCCAUGGGAAAUCUUCCUCAUCACCCUGUUCUCGGUUGUAGUGGCUGUGGGGCUCUUUGUUGGGCUCUUCUUCUGUGUGAGGAACAGCCUGUCCCUGAGAAACACUUUUGACACAGCCGUCUACUCUCCCCAUGGCCCCAACCUUGGCCCAGGAACUCCAGGGAAUCAUGGAGUCCGCCCCAGGAGCUCUAACUGGUUCUGGAGGAGACCAGUAUCCUCAAUAGCCAUGGAGAUGAGUGGGCGAAACAACGGGCCCUGA